ACAAGCACAAAAAUUGAGAAAACUGGGCUGAUGACAAAAGGGUGUGGAAAGGAAACAAAGACCAAGAUCCCUUCUUAAGAUAUUAUAGAUGGCUUUCCCUUGUCAAUAUUAAUGCAAUAUGCAGAGAUGCAAAUCUUAGGAACAGCACCCUGUUUGUCUCUCAUUUUUAAGUCCUCCAGCACGAUCCCCCGUAAUGAAAUAUUAAACACAUUCUGCAUCAAGCUCUAUAAAGGCCUCCUCGCAAUUAAAUGUGCCACUGAGCAUUCCUUGUGGGGCUUUUUGACGGGUCAGCGUGAAAUGCUUCCCAAGUGGAUUGCUACUUGUAGUGCAACGAAUGAAUGGAUGACUAUUGUUUACAAAAGUGGCGAAAUUCACUGUCCUUUUGCUGUGGGCUGGCAUUAAAAGAAAUCUGUUCAAAUGCGUCCAAACGGUGCCAGCCAUCUUUCUCUUAGGGAAGAAAACAGGAGCAGCAACAACAGCAGCCAAAGCCGUCAGCAAACCUUUCAGGGUCUGUAAAGAAAAGAAGCCAAACCCCAACAUCUGCUCCAGUCGAGGACCCUAUGAUUACGGAUCUAAUGCCUUUUAUCAAGAGAAAGACAUGCUCUCUAGCUGCAGGCAAAAUUCUAUGGGACACAACACACAAACUUCCAUUGCACAGGAUUUUACAAGUGACCAAAACAGGAGCACAUCCCAGGAACAGAAAACUAGCAUUCAGAUAUAUCCGUGGAUGCAGCGCAUGAACUCCCACAGUGGGGUCGGCUAUGGAGCAGACCGGAGGCGGGGGCGACAGAUCUACUCCCGUUACCAGACCCUGGAACUGGAGAAAGAGUUCCAUUUCAACCGUUACUUGACACGAAGGAGGAGGAUUGAGAUUGCCAACGCUCUUUGCCUAACUGAACGGCAGAUCAAGAUCUGGUUCCAAAACAGGAGGAUGAAAUGGAAAAAAGAGAGCAACUUGAGUUCCACCCUGUCCGGGGGAGGUGGCGCUGGAGCAGCUGCUGAUAGCUUGGGUGCAAAGGAGGAGAAAAGAGAAGAAACAGAGGAGGAAAAACCAAAGGAAUGAACACUGACGGAUCUGCUAGUGCUUUCUCUCCCCCCCUCCCUCCCAUCAUCACAACACACAUGGCCCUUCUUUCUUCCCUCUGCCUUCUGCCCCUUAAUUCCUCCCUCGCCCCACUCGAUCCCUCAGUUCCUCCUUGUCCUCCUGUCCAUUUUCAACCACCACUGGCACAAUUUAUACAUUUGGUUACCUUUAAAGAGCGUGUGUGUGUGU